AUGAUGCAGCGAUUGUGGGAGCUCGGUUGUGACUGGGACGAACCGAUUCCACCAGCCUUGGAAAAAGAUUGGUAUGCUUUUCUACGAGAACUUCCAAUCAUCGAACGACUUCGCAUCCCGCGGUGGACCCACAUGAGCAAGACCAACAAGGCCAUCGAAUUGCACGGGUUUUGCGACGCUUCGAUGAAAGCUUAUGGUGCAGCAGUCUACAUCCGUGUACUGGACAGCGAUGACAACAUCCAUUACGUAGGUACAGCGACAGCAGUUGUGAAGGCGCGAGCAGCAGAUGGGAAGCUACGCCUUCUACGUGCUCUGAUCGACACAGGCUCAGAAACGUCCUUCAUCACAGAAGCUGCCGCACAACUGCUGAAGUUAGAAAAGCGACGUACCAUUGCCGAGGUGUCUGGGUUAGGGUUGGUCAGCAGCGGCAUAACGCAACACUCCGUCGAAGUACGUUUUGCGUCCCGACACUCGACGUUUGAGACAGCUGUACAAGCUUUGGUAUUCAAGUCGCUGACUGGGCAUCUCCCGACCCAACGAGUGACACCCGGCAAUUGGGACCACCUCAAAGGUCUUUCCUUGGCAGACCCCCAUUUCUGUGAGCCUGCACCAAUCGAUCUUUUACUCGGGAGUGACGUUUGCGCUCAGAUUCUCCUUCCUGAGAUAAGGCCUCCAGAGGUUGGCAUCGGUCCGGUGGCACAAAAAACCGAAUUGGGAUGGAUUGUUUUUGGACAAGUCUCACCAGAUUCUCCUCGGCAAGUUCGCAGUUUUGCCCAAAUUGCUGACUUGAACUCACAACUUGAGAAAUUUUGGGAUAUUGAAGAAACGCCGUUCCAGCCACAUCAGACUGAAGAUGACAUUGCAUGUGACAAACACUUUUCGAUGCACACAAAGCGCCUACCUGACGGGCGUUAUGAGGUUAAGCUGCCCUUUAAAGGUGAAGGCUGUCCAGCGAUGGGGUCCAGUCUACAAAGCGCUUAUAGACGAUUUCUGCAUUUAGAAAAGAAGCUUGAGAGCAAUCCGAAGCUUCGUGCAGACUAUAACAAAUGUUUAAAAGAGUAUGAAGAACUCCAUCACAUGGAGGAAAUUGAUGUAAAUGAUGCGGUUUUACAAACCCCAUUUCACUACUUUUUGCCCCAUCAUGCGGUUUUUAAAGAAGCUAGCUAA